UUUCCUUUCAAGGGGACAUGGGUUCGAGUCCGGGUUUUGUGGAAGCGGUUAUAGCCUUAAAACAACUUGGCUAUUUAUCAACAGAAAAGAAAGAUUUUCUUGAUCCAACAGAAGGUCCAGACUUGACGUGGAAACAAAUAACAGCUUCCCUAUUAAACCAACAAACUGACAUCUUCCCCGAUUCUUUAAAAAAUAUUGCUUUGGAUUGUUUGGGUGGUGAGGGGAAAAUACGCGAAUUAAAUGGAUUAGACCAAAUUGGACUUUUUUCCGAUGCAAUGCCGGAACGUCACUUGACUCCUCUAGACACUCUUGUCCCUCAUUUAGCUAAAGCUCUUGCUUACAUUCCUGGUGAGAAAGAUUUGGUCAUUUUAAAUCAUGACAUUGUUGCCCAACUUCCAUCUGGAGCAUUGGAAUAUCACCGUAUAAAUCUGGUUGCCUACGGUGAACAGCCCAAAAAUGGCUAUUCAGCUAUGGCAAGUACUGUGGGUUACACAGCUGCUAUUGUUAGCAAUAUGAUUUUGAAUGGUGAAAUACAAGAAACUGGAAUGUUGAGACCAACAUCCAAAACAGUUUAUAGGCCAGUCCUCCAAAGAUUGAAGGAUUUUGGAAUUAAAGCAAAUUCUAUUGUGAAACAACAAAAUUUUUAA